AUGCCGGGGGCGGCGGGGGCGGCGGGGAGGGGGAGACCCCGGCCGGUGAGGCCGCACUGGGCCGGCUUCCGCCCGGGCCAGGCGCUGGGCAGAUGGGGCAGCGUGGGGCCCGGGGUCCCGGGGCGCGGCGAGUCCAAGGUGGGCUCGGUCAUCUCGCUGCCCCUCCUGGGGCAGAUCCCAGCCUGGGCUCGCAGCCGCCAACGGCUCCUCGGCGACCGGCAGGCCGCCAGCCCGUCGGUGGACUUGGCCCCUGAUGUCUUCGUCAUGCGGGUGCGGCUGGAGGAGACCGGGGAGAUGUUCCGAGUGACCAACUGCCACAGUGAAAUGACCGUGCGGGAGUUCAAAGAGGAGCUGGAUCUGAUGGUCGGCAUCCCCUUCAACCUGCAGCGGCUCCAGUACCUUGACCAAGGAAUUUUGAUGGAUGGCACUACGUUGAAGUUCUAUGAUGUUGUUCCUGGUGGAAUUAUUUCAUUAUGUAUCUGGCAUUAUGACGGAUGGACAGAGCUUGUCGUGGCAGCCGUGGAAGGGGAUCCAAGCAAGCUGUCCUGUCUCGGUGUCACUGAAGACUCCUUCUACCGCACUCCAAACUCAGAACGUUUUGGCAAUGAAGAAUUGAAGCAGUGGAUGGCUCAGAGGGCGUUCGUGGCGUUGUAUAUCACCUCACACAGAGGCAACGCUGAGGCCGUGCAGUACCUUCUAGAACAAGGAGCCAACUGUAUGGGCAGAUCGCCCCUGGGCAGGACACCCCUGCACGUGGCUGCAGCCAUGGGCCGAUCAGACUGCAUCAACCUCCUGCUCAAGUUCGGGGCCUCUAGCCAUGAGAAAGAUGCCAAGGGGGAGACGCCCAUCAACGUCGCCCACCGUCUCAGCCGCAGGCAGAGUGAGCGGCGCAUGUUUCUCUUCCACUGGCUGGCACGGUCGGGGGCCAAGGAGCCAAGUGAAGUGAUCAUGAAGAAGUUUACUCAGAACGCCAAUUCUGAGUUGAGGCCCAAGAGGAAGACCCUGAAGUAGCUCCUGCAGGGAGCGUUUGCUUGUCAAAGCCGACGUGGGUAACUCAGCAGAGUUUAAUCCCACGGUGGCCCUUGGUGAGCAAAAAUGCGGGAAAACAUGGCAAU